CGUGAUUCCACUCAACAACCGGAUUGCAUGUUGACACUUGACUGAGUCAGGAAAACAGCUGAGCAAAGACCAAACUACAGCCAUCUAUCCGACUUUAGCUUAUAGCUACUUAUAGAUGCAUACAAUCUGAACAUUGACAUGGCACUUGAGGAAUAUUCACAAAGAAGCUAGCUAAUACAGUUAAUGCAACGACAAACAACGUAUUUGCUGCUUGGAAGAAACCAGGAAGAUGUUUGAGAAUUUCAAAGAGAGGUUGCAGACGGUGCAUCAAGAUUUCACAACGGGGAUGAAGACUCUGAGUGAUAAAUCAAAGGAGGUCAAAGUAAAGAAGAAAGAGAGACAUGAUGAACAUCUGCCACAGUUUUCUGCUGGAGUGGAACUGCUAAGUCGGUACGAAGACACCUGGGUGACGCUCCACAGAAAAGCUAAAGAUUGUGCGAAAGCUGGAGAGACAGUGGAUGGAGAGGUGGUGAUGCUGUCUGCCCACUGGGAGAAGAGAAGAGCAGCAGUGGUGGAACUACAAGAACAACUACAGCAGAUCCCAGGCUUCCUCACAGACCUGGAGACAUGCACCAAUCGCAUCGCCCACCUGGAGGCAGACUUCGAGGAGCUGGAGAGCCGGCUGAUGUACCUGGAGAACCUGUGUGGUCAGUGUGAGCAGCAGCGCUUCAGACACUACCAGGUCCUGCAGCUGGAGAACUACAAGAAGAAGAAGAGGAAAGAGCUGGAGUCUCUCAAAGCCGAGCUGGACUCUGAGCAUGCCCAGAAGGUGCUGGAGAUGGAACAUGCCCAGCAGGUGAAGCUGAAGGAGAGGCAGAAGUACUUUGAAGAAGCUUUCCAACAGGACAUGGAUCAGUACCUGUCUACUGGCUACCUGCAGAUCACCGACAGGAGAGGGCCUAUAGGCAGCAUGUCUUCCAUGGAGGUGAACGUUGAUGUUCUGGAACAGAUGGACCUGAUGGACGUGUCGGACCACGAGGCCCUCGACGUCUUCCUCAACUCUGGAGGAGAGGACAACAGCCUGACCUCCUCACUCACCUCAGGUCCAGACCCUGAGUCGUUGUCCUCUGAGAUCUCCCUGCGGGUGCCCACCCAGGCGGAACUGAGGAACACGCCGUCUUCCCUCUCCUCCGCGGAGCCAGGCUCAGCCAGCCAGGACACCAGCCUGGGGGAGGAGGGCCAGGAGUGGGAGGGCAGCGAGGCCAGCGGAGACGAGCCCCUGGUACUGCCAGACGAGGAGGAAGUGCAGGCUGACACAGCCCUGGUGGCGCUGCCCGAGGCGGAGAUGUUCAAGAACUCUGAUGACAGCGACUCGCAGGCCUCUUAGGAGCCGUCACAGAGCUGCCCCCUGGGUGAGAACGGAGCUAGGGGGUAUAGGGUUGCCUGCCUCUAGACAAUGAUCUGGGGGUCAGUUUUGCAUUUUUCCCCAAUAUUGGUUAAGGUUAGGAUUGGGGAAGGGGAUGCUGAUCCUAGAUCUGUACCUAGGGGAACCCCCCCCCCCCCCUCCCUGGAGCUGAAAACUACUGUAGGGGUGUGUCUCAAUGGUCUAAAGUGGCCUCCUUGUCUCCUUUCUAUAAUCUCAGAGGAGAUGAGGAGAGGAAGCCAAUACAGAUGAUUGAGACACCCUACUACUGUAGCUAGGUGGGUUUAGCGUGUAGCGGAGAGAGAAACCUCAAUCACUGUUUUUUUUAGCUUAGGCUUUUUUUCUUGUCUUUUUUUUUUAUAAAUGAAAUGUAGCUUCCUUCCUUGUAUCAAAUUUAUAUCUAAGUAAAUAAUAAUAAAGUUGUUUUAAAUGUU